AUGAUAGACACCAUGGGAGAGGAGUCAGAUGCGAACGUCACCGGCACCGUAGCAAGUCCUCGUCUUCACUCUUCUGCAGCAAACGCGCCAACGAGGACGUACGUGAGGAACGCCAAAGCGAUGGCGGCGACUCCUUCGGACAUAAAGGAGUACUCAAAUGCCUACGCGUUCAUAAACGACAUGCCCAGGAAGACGGCAAGGGAAGUGCAACGAUUAAACUCUGGGACCCUGAAUUUUGUCAAUCUGCUUGGCGAUUAA